AUGGCAGUUGCAUGGACGAACGACAUGACAUCAUCGACCCGUUUUUGGGACAAGACGGCACGUAAAUACGCUGCUUCACCGAUCAAGGAUGAGGACGCCUACCAAAAGACGCUGGCCCGCACGCUAGAACACCUUGGACCACAGGACAAUGUGCUCGAACUUGGUUGCGGCACGGGAUCGACUGCCCUGAUCAUGGACGGCAAUGUCAGAUCAUAUCUUGCAACGGACUUUGCUCCGGGCAUGAUCAGGAUUGCGGACGAAAAGCUCGAAGCCGAAAAAACCAGGGGCAAGUUGCACGACGGCCUGCGUUUUCUGACCGCCGAUGUUUUCAGCGAAAGCGUCGAAGCGCCUGAAGGUUACGACGCGAUCCUUGGCUUCAACUUCCUCCACCUCGUCGAAAAUCCGGAAGACCUUCUGGCACGCGUGCACGGUCUAUUGAAACCGGGCGGGCUCUUUAUCUCAAAGACGGUCUGUCUGGCGGACAAGGCCUGGCUGUUCGUGCCGUUGAUCAAGGCGAUGCAACUGGUCGGCAAGGCUCCCUUCGUACGCGUCUAUUCCUUUGCCUCGGUGGAAGACAUGAUCAGCAGGACAGGGUUCGACAUCAUCGAAACCGGCACGUACCCGGAACCGCGCAGCAGGUUCAUCGUCGCGCGGAAGGCCUGA